CCCUCUUCAUACCCUCCCCACAGAGUUAAGUAUUCUCAGCCUGAGCCUGAGCCUGAGCCUGGGCCUAGGCCUCGACCCCCUGGCCCCUCUGGUCCUUCUCUCUUCAUCAGACUUUUGUCUCUGCUUUCCACCACUCCUCCCUUUGCUCAGUCCUCCCCAUUUCCGUCCGCCAGUCAGCAUAAACAUGUCCCCUCUCUUGGGCACUCUGGCCUAUUCAACCCUGUCCAGCCUCGCCCCUCUCAACUGCUCUCUCCUCCGUCACCUUUGCCGGCCUCUCUCCGACUCCUCGGCCUAGGGAGGCUACUUGCCAAGACAGCCAAUUAUUUGGCCGAUUGGACUGCAGAUCGAUUGUCCGGUCUGUUGAGAAGGCAUAGUCGUCUGCUCCCGGCUCGAUCGGCUCAGGAGUCAGGACUUGACUCCGCGGUCUCUUUGGUCUCCUCGGAGGCCAACAGUUGUGCGUUCCACGCUUCGUCAUCUUCGGUCUUGUAUGUGCCACAGGCCCAGGCUUUUUGUGCCCAGCCAGCGGUACCUUUGAGCGGUACCUUUGGAAUUAUCGCUCCCAUCGGAUUACUCGUCGUUUGUCUCGCCGUUCGUCUUGCCGUCGAUCUUGCCACCGUCCGGCACCAGCUCGACGCCAACUUGAGGCCAACGCUAAGCCCAGAGGAACCGCCUAAGACUGUUUGUUCGAGUCCAGACUGGGCCCGGCAAGGAUACGGAGGCCUCGCUCGUGGGUCAGGCGAUGAGGAAUCAGAUCAUUGA